AGAGAUCACUGGCGGAUGCGGGGAGGUACCAGAACCCGACUGCUAGAUUUGUACCCUUUGGGCUCCCCGGGGGCGGAGCUCUGGGCGGGAUCUAUCCCGGCGCGGAAGGAUGAUGGGCGUGGCCAUCUGGGGUUGGGCUUGGGGGUCCCAGGGACUGGGGCGGGGCGCGGGCUGGCGCUGCGCAGCCGCGGGGCGGCAUCCGCGCAUGCGGGGCUCACUCGGCUGCAGCCGGCGCCUACUGCCACUCCCGGGAGCAUGAAGGACCGAACCCAGGAGCUCCGCACGGCCAAAGACAGCGAUGACGAUGACGAUGUCACUGUCACCAUGGACCGAGACCGCUUCAUGGAUGAGUUCUUUGAACAGGUGGAAGAGAUCCGGGGCUUUAUCGACAAGAUUGCCGAAAACGUGGAGGAGGUGAAGCGGAAACACAGCGCCAUCCUGGCCUCCCCCAACCCGGACGAGAAGACCAAGGAGGAACUGGAAGAGCUCAUGUCCGACAUAAAGAAAACAGCAAACAAGGUUCGCUCCAAGUUAAAGAGCAUCGAGCAGAGCAUCGAGCAGGAGGAAGGUCUGAACCGCUCCUCUGCCGACCUGAGGAUCCGGAAGACGCAGCACUCCACGCUGUCGCGAAAGUUUGUGGAGGUCAUGUCGGAAUACAACGCCACGCAGUCCGACUACCGAGAACGCUGCAAAGGACGUAUCCAGAGGCAGCUGGAGAUCACCGGCCGGACCACGACCAGUGAGGAGUUGGAAGACAUGCUGGAGAGCGGAAACCCUGCCAUAUUCGCCUCUGGGAUCAUCAUGGACUCCAGCAUCUCGAAGCAGGCUCUGAGUGAGAUCGAGACCAGACACAGUGAGAUCAUCAAGCUGGAGAACAGCAUCCGGGAGCUACACGAUAUGUUCAUGGACAUGGCCAUGUUGGUGGAGAGCCAGGGGGAGAUGAUUGACAGGAUCGAGUACAAUGUGGAGCACGCUGUGGACUACGUGGAGCGGGCUGUGUCUGACACCAAGAAGGCCGUCAAGUACCAGAGCAAGGCGCGCAGGAAGAAGAUCAUGAUCAUCAUUUGCUGUGUGAUUCUGGGCAUCGUCAUCGCCUCCACCAUCGGGGGCAUCUUUGGAUAGAAACCGGCCCCUCCCACCUCUCCACUCUGGAUGGGUCUCCCUGAGGAGGCCCCUGGCUGCUGUGUCUGGCUGGGUUGCCCUCCCCACCCCUGCCUUCUGGCCGGGAGCCCUUCCCCUCCCAUCCCACACUGCUCCCUCUCUGCCAUGAGGCUCCCGUCCCCACCACCCUGCCCCAAGCCGUGUCGUGUGCAUGAUCUUGUGACAGUGUGUGUCUGUUCAGGAGGCAGAGGGGAGCAGGAUCGGGAACGGCCAGAGGGGCUGGGGACAGGUCAGUGUGGGCAAGACUUGGGCCCUAGCCAGGUCCGCCUUUCUUCAGGCCUGAGGUCUACCCUCCUCUGGAACUCGGGCUCCUUUCUGGCCCGCAACCUUGCCCUCACCUGCCCUGCCCUCUGGCUUCUCCAGCUCUCCCCACCAUGCCAAGGCACCUGGAGGGUGGGGACCAGCUGGUCACAUGGUGCUGCUUUUCAGGUUAGGGGAGAGGUGUCCCAAGGGAUAGCCCAGCACUGAAGUUCUUUGUGAGCUUAACCACUGCCAGGAGGCUCAGGGGCCAUAGCUGCUGGUGUUUUAGGAGCACCCAGUAUCCCCACUUUGAGCAAAGCCUGACAAUGUCUCUGGCCUCAGCUGCCCGUACCACAGCCCUGGGGGUCAUGUCCCUGGGCUGGGCCUGAGCCUAGUGAACUUGUGCAAGAAGUUUGGUGGUAUCCUCUCCAGCCUUGCUUGUAGCUGAGAGGUGGAGCAGACCUCAGGCCUCUGCCUACAGUCUCUAACAGGCAUGUCGGGUCGCGGCCAGAGUUGCAUGUUGGGGACAGUGGUCCCCUGCUCUCUCUAUGCUCUGAAAAGCCAGGUGUCACUUUGGGCCUGCAGUCUCGCCCUGCUCUGUCUCCCACUGAUGUGCCACGUGAUGUCAGGUGUCCUGGAUGCAGUAUUCAGCAGCCAGCUGGGGGGGGGGGCUUCCCCACUUCCCUCCCCUGCCAUCUUGGGGCUUCUCAGAGUCAAAAAAAAAAUAUACCCCCUGCCCCAGGAACCCUUUCUCAUGCACAGGCAAGGAGUGUGCAUGCGUGUGCAUGCAGCGGGAGUUGGGGCCGUGUCUGUGUGCCCCCGUUCCUCAGCUUUGCUCCUGCCCAGUGACUGUGACCACUGUCCGUGCUGCCUUCUCUCACGGCCCCUCCCUCCACCCCUUCACCAAAGGUCUUGGUACAACCAGCUGCCCAUUUUGUGAGAUUUUUAUGUAGAAUAAACAUUUGUAUCUGUAGUGA